AACGCACCCAAUGUUUCUACCCUGGUUGGGAAUCGAACCCAGGCCCUCGCCGUGUGAAGCGAGAGCUUUAGCCACCAGUUACUUAUGUAACUGUAGCCAAGUGUACCUGAAUAAAAAUUUACUUACUAGCUGUCACUGGCCUUUAUAUCCCACAACAAGAGAAAGAGACGUGAACACUACACGUUAGUUACUAGUGUAGUUAUCUCCAGCAGGUGGGGCUGUGUAAUACACUUUUACACUGGACCAGCCAUCAACACCAUCUCUAACUAAUAGUAGAUAAAAAAGUCUCAAGGUAGUUUCAGUGACUUGUGGUCAAGAUGAGUGAGAUCGACCUCAUGCUGGCUAUACAGCUGCAGGCUCGGUUUGACGAAGAGCUGCGGGCAAGCCGUGAGAAGCAAGAGCAAGAACUCAAAUCCAGAGGAGCUGUACCAGGUGAAGGAUCUACCACAAACAAGUGGAAGGCUGGAGGUCUGCUAGAUGAAGUGCCGCAAGAGAAAUUGUCAGUGUCUCUCAUUGAUGCCUCAUGGGAGAUGAUUGACCCAAACCCUGACAUCCACACACUCUUUCUUGUGUUUAAUGACCAGUUCUUCUGGGGACGGUUGUCAGGAGUGGAGGUCAAAUGGAGUCCAAGAAUGACCUUGUGUGCUGGAGUAUGCAGCUAUGAAGGUGGUGGGGGAUUGUGCUCUGUACGUUUAUCAGUGCCAUUACUUAAGCUUCGACCUCGCAAAGACCUUGUUGAAACACUCUUGCACGAAAUGAUCCAUGCCUACCUCUUUGUCACUGCCAACAAUAGAGAUCGUGAAGGUCAUGGUCCUGAAUUUCACAAACAUAUGCAUCGAAUUAAUAGUGUAGCAGGAACUAAUAUAACGGUUUUUCACUCUUUCCAUGAUGAAGUAGCUGUGUAUCGGCAACACAUUUGGCAGUGUAAUGGGCCCUGCAAGACAAGGAGGCCCUACUUCGGCUUAGUAAAACGAGCUAUGAACCGAGAACCUGGUCCACGUGAUCCCUGGUGGGAGGCUCACCGCCAGUCAUGUGGUGGAACCUACUCCAAAAUCCAGGAACCUGAGGGAUACUCUGAUAAGAAGAAAAAAUCUCUCGCAACAGAUGCAAAAAAAUUACCUGAUAAUUGUGGCGACAUUAGAAAGUUUAUUGGAUUCAAAGGAAGAGGAAAUUCUGUUAAUGGUGGCACAGGCUCAUCACAUGCUUCCAACCUAAAUGGGAAAAAUAGUGCUUCCAAAAACAGCAUGCCAGUCUUUGGUGUAACAAACAAGAGUUAUGACAAUGAAAGUAAUGAUUCAACUGGAAGUGAUUCAUAUAGAGGUGCAAAACUCAAUAACAUACAUGGGUUUGAAAGUAGAACUUCAGGUACAGUGAAACAAGUAAGUGUUGACAAUGCUAGUCAAUCAAAGGUACAUGGAUUUGGUGGUUCAUGUCCAAAGAAGCCCUGUAAUGUACCAGUGGAGUCUAGUAAAAGAAUGUCCAAUGGAAAGGCAGUGGGAAGACCCAGUGGUGGCUUUGGAACUGCUGUUGCAGUACGAGGCAGUGGCUCAAGGACAGUAACAGUGAAGGGGAAGACGUCAACUAAAAUGGACAACCAAGUAGAUGCUAGUAAUAAAGUGGAAAAUGCCACAUCAUUGCCAACUGUAUUCCAGGGACAAGGCUACAGCCUGGGAGGGCCCAGCACUGGGGUGUCAAGGCUUCUGUCUCAGGGAAAUGAAUUACAGUCUUCUGAAUCUCCCAUGGCUUCUACUUCCUUUGCUGAUAAUGCAAAUAUAUCACACAUGCAAGAAAAUUCCAGUUUCAAAAAAGAAAAUUAUGAAAGUAGUCCCUGGAUCUCACGACCUACAACAGGAAGGAGUCCUGUGAAAGAAGAUAAUACAUCUCAAAGUUCACAGAAAUCCCUUAAUAGCUACUUUGCCUCUCCAUCAUCAAAGUAUCCAGAUCACAAUGGUGAUCUUGGUGAAUGUCCUGUAUGUAAUAAACUCUUCUCCAAAUGGAAGAUAAACCAACACCUUGAUGAAUGUAUUGGCAUGUUUGAUGACAGUAGGAAUGUCAGAAAUACAGAUAAUGCAGAUUUGAAGAGACCUUUAAUGCAGAAUAAAAGGAAAGAGAGUGUAUUCACAGUGAGUGAUGAUGAUGAUGAUCAGGCAGCAGCAGAGAGUCCAUGUAGUGCUUCAAAGACAUCAAAAUCAAAGGGAAGCAUGACAGACACUAGUCCAGGAGAGUUAUACCCAUGCCCAGUAUGUAAUGAACUUUUUUCAGAUUUAAAGAUUAAUCAACAUUUAGACAAACACUUUUAGUUUCAUUAAGAGUUUAUUUGUAAGAUUUACACCAAUUGUUGCUUCAGUAAAGAUAGGUAUUAAUACAGUGAUAGGAGCUGAGCUCAUCUCUUCAGUCACUUAAUUGAUUGUAUGUUUUGUAUUUUCUGUACUGAUCUGUUUUAUUUUUUAAGAUAUAUCAUGUAUGUAAAAAAAAAAAAAUCAUGUAUGUAAACCUUAUUAUAAUUAUGGGUUUAGCAUGUUUUAAUGAAUAUAAUAAUUAUAAUAUCCAUGGGAAAGGGAAGAAAAGAACCUUCGUCUUUAAGCCACGUGGUGACUAAGCCGGAGGUGACUAAAAUGCCGAGAGCAAGGGGCUAGUAGCCUUUUCUCUAUAAAUUACUAAAUGUAAAAAGAAUAAAAACUUUCAUUUCUUCUUUUUUGGGUCACCCUGCCUUGUUGGGAGACUACCUGGUGUGUUAAAAGAAUUAUUAUAGGUUCACAUCUUUUUAAUGUGCAAAUUUGCUGUGUUUAUACAUGAAUCAGUCAUUUUUUAAUAUGAUUUACUAUUGUAUGCCUUAUUAAACGAACAUGGGUAUUUUUAAUCUGUACAAACCUCCAGUGUCUUAUGUAUUUAGAUGCUUUUAUUAAUGGGUUGAGUCUUGUGAGCUAGAGGAAAAACAACUAACCGAAAUUGUGGCUAGCAUUAGGAACUUAGUCUCUGUGGUAGAGCAUUCUGCUCGGUCAAAAGGACUCAGGUUUAGUCUCCAGGCAAAGUGAGAGGUAUGGGAAAGUCUCUUUAGACCUGUCUCUGUUCAUCUAAUAGUAAAUAAGUGCCUCAUUGUUAGUCUACUAUUGUGGAUCACAUCCUAAAAGAAAGGACCCAAAGUGAAAUAAACUACACUACUUGACUUUCUUGGAUUUUCCUAGAUUAUUAAUGUUAACCUUCUGGGUAACUGAAAGGAAAGUCUUUGGUUUCAAAACUUUAUGGUCCAUACAAACUUUGUGCAUCUUCAUGAAUAUUAUAAUUCUGGCAGCAGUAAUAAUGUUUAACCCGUAAACGGUCCAAUCAGAUCUACGUUCACAUGUGUAGUGCUACAAAAGUAGAUCUACGUUUUUUUUUUACAUAUUUUCAAAUAUAACAAAAAAAAAGUAGAUCAAAGUUUUUUUACACAUUUUCAAAUGUAAAAAAACAAAAAGAAGAUCUACUUUUUUUACAUACUUCCAAAUGUUGAAAAAACGUAUAUAUACGUUUGGACCAUUUACGGGUUAAUGGCAGUUGUGUCUAAACCUUCAGUUGAUAUUCAUAUCAGGCAGUAUAGAUGGAGGAAUGCCUAGUGGGUUUGUAGGAGGUACAUGUUAUAUAAACACAGAUCACUACAUAAAUUGAUAAAUAAGCUAGAUAACUUUAUUUUAUGGACAUAUUAUAUUACUGUAAUUUAAAUUUGUAAUAAAUUUUGACAUUUA